AUGGUGGCAACCGCGCUGGCGGGGAAUCUGGUGCUGGUCGCCGCCUGCGCGCUAUACGCCUACUACACUGCCUGGGUUUUGGUCACGUCGUUCGUGGAAGAAGGCCAGCCAAUACUUCGCCUGUUCCCUCCCCGCCACUUUGCGAUAGCAGCGCCCGUGCUGGCGGGCGUGGUGCUCUUCGGCGUGACGCUCUGCACCCUUGGAGGCUUCAUCGUGUCCUCUGAGCUGGGCAAGCUCCGCCAGCAGUGGGCUGAGGCCAAAGCCAAGGCGGCGUAG